AUGUACAAUUUCACCACUUUCGACGUCAUGGCCGACCUAACAUUUGGCGAAUCUCUACACCUGCUCGAUAACGCAGAGUACAACACCUGGAUUCAAGUUAUCUUCAAAAGCAUCAAGCGCGGUACGCUAAUGAGCAUCUUCUUCUACUACCCUCUCGCCAAGUUUAUGCUAUUUACAUUGUUGGGUAAACAGAUUGCGACAUUUCGGAGGGAGCAUCACAACUACACUGUCGAAAGGGUCACUAAGCGACUUGAAAAAGGACGAGUGUCGGAGGGUGUCGGUCUGUGGGACCUGGUUCUCCAACAAGAAGACAACGGCAAAGCGAGUCUGACCCGCCCUGUCAUGGACAUGAACGGCGAGUUAUUCAUGUUAGCUGGCACGGAAACGACAGCCACGUUGCUCAGCGGACUGACGUACCUACUCCUGGCGCACCCUGAAGCGAUGGCGAAGCUCGCGGACGAGAUUCGGACGGCAUUUGACUCAUCAGGCAGCAUUAGUAUGGAAGUCACCGCUGGCUUACCCUACCUCAAUGCAUGCAUCAAGGAAGCGUUCAGACACUAUCCUCCUGUACCGAUUGGUCUGCCACAUCUCACUCCGGCCGAAGGCUCGACCAUUUGUGGCAGUUUCGUUCCUCCCAACACGAAUGUCGCAGCCUUUCAUCUGGCAAUGUACAACUCCCCCGACAACUUCAAAAUCCCCGAACGUUUCAUCCCUGAGCGCUGGCUCGGCGACCCACAUUUCGCCUCCGAUGAACGCUCAGCUCUUCAGCCGUUCCACAUAGGUCCAAGGGACUGCCUAGGCAAGAACAUGGCCCUCCACGAAAUGCGCCUCAUCAUGAGCAAAGUGCUCUUCAACUUCGAUCUCGAAUUGCUUCCCGAAUGCCGCAACUGGAUCGCGGAUCAGAAGAUAUACUCGUUGUGGGAAAAGACACCAUUGAUGGUUAAGAUCAAGGAUGCAGUAGUUGUUUCGACGUAA